UAGAUCUCAUUUCAUGUGAGGUUAAACGAGAUGUUGUCAAUUUUGGACAGCAAAUGUCAACAAUCCCGAUUAAUAUGCUAUAUGUGACUUAAAUAUGGUAUUAAAAGCAACGAUCUUUUACAACGGUCAAUAAAAUAACUAGUAGGAAGGUUGUAUUGUAUGAUGUGAGCAUACCUUGAAACACCAAACAUGUCUGUUGUGGAUUAUUCCCAGACGGCAGAAGACCAUCAGUGUUUUCUUGUGCUGGUACGACCAACUGGCAAGCUGUUGUCAGGGAAGCACUUCAGUCGUUGCUGGGAGCGUAUUGUGCAGCUCAACUGUGUGGCCAUUCCCGGCCAGAAGCGGGUCAUGUGGAUCCGGUACAAGCGCCAGUACUCUGCGGAAAGCAAUGAGUGGGGAGACUUUCAGGUGCAUAGGAAGGCACUAGGUCUUAUAUCAGUGGGGCGUUGCAGCAACGAAGCAGAAUUUCAGGACUUAUUUGAGAGUUACAAAAAGGAAAAGGAGUGUUACGCUGACAGCCUGUAUAACUCCCGAUUGAUUGUCUUUGGCAUGAAUCGAGAUGGGAGUGAAAUACAGAGGACGGAUUCUAAGAUAGGAGGGGACGAUUCACCGCCUCCAACAUUCAAAAUGGAUUCUUUUGAUUUGGAGAGUUCUGACAGUGAUAGUGUGGUUCCUGAGAGGCUGGACGGAGAUGCGGAGAGUGAGUAUCGUAAAGGCACAGUUGAGGUUCUGGACCCAUUGCAGUUUGAUCAAAGGGAAUGUGAUACGAAAGCAGACAGUGAAGUACCAAGAGUAGUGAAAAAUUCGCCAAUAGUCAAUAAUAAUAAUAAUAACAAAAAAGACGACAGUGCCGGUCCACAGAUUACGUUCAUACGAACUAAAAGUGAAAAGGCGGAUAAUAAGAAAGUGGAAAAUAAGAAGCUGGAUGACUUGAAAAAGCCGCCUGUCAAAAGGACGGGGAGUAACAACAGUCUGAGAGACGCCCCUGGGUCGGAGGUGGUGUUUUACCCCAGUGUGGACAACUGUGAGGGGUUAGAGGAAGGAUUGAAGGACUUUGUGACCUCCUUGUUCUUCGUAUUGGAAGGUAAAAGGCUUGACAGAGGCUUUGAGAAAGGUGACAGAUCCAUGUUGCUGCGUGCUCCGUUUGAGAAGAAGGACUUUGUUGGGUUGGACACUGAUACCAAGUCUUUUAAGAAGAAAUGUCAAGGUCGCCUACGCAAGCACUUGGCCGACCUGUGCCUGAUCGCGGGGAUGCCUGGAGAGGCUAUGCUCCACUAUACCACUGCCCUCGACCUUCUCAAACCCGUCAAUGACAAUCUCUGGAUGGCAGCCUGCUAUGAGGGACUGUGUUCCACCGCCGUGAUCACCCAGUUUGGUACCCAGGCUGGCUCCCAGUCCACUCUCAGAAGGAACCAGUCUUUCUCCACCAAGCGUGGGGUGGCCAGUCUAGACAAGCAGAAACCAGGUCUGCAGCACAGCUACGCCAACGGGUUUCAAGAUCUGGCAGAGGCCAGUGUGAAGUCUAACCUUGAUGCUGAUGAUAUUACAGAGAAAUACAAAGAGGCUCUAAUGUAUUAUAGCAAGUACAAGAAUGCAGCUGUUGUAGAGAUGGAGGCCAGUUUAAAAGCUUGCAGAAUACUCAUUCUUCUAAAGAGGCCCCUGGCUGCUGCAGAUUUCCUGCAGAAUGUGAUCUACAUCAACCUGCAGCUCUCUGAUGAGGACAGGAUAAGCCGCUACAGCACAUUGUCGAGCCUCUACAGCCAGAUAGGUUUCCAGCGUAAGGCCUCAUUCUUCAAACGUGUUGCUGCCAUGCAGUGUGUGGCCCCUCAGAACCCGCGUCCAAACUGGGUCCAGUGUCAUCACCUGUUGGUGCAGGCAUUGGCAGGGUACCGGAUACAUCUUGACCCCAAGGACUCCCACGCAGUGCCGGGUGAGAUGAAUGGUUGGACUGUGAUACAGACACGGGUGUUACAUGAGCUGAUAUACUCCGCCAAGCGCAUGGGAAAUCUACAGCUGGCUGUCAGGUACCUGACAAUUCUGCUGCACACUCAGCUGGACUACUUGUCAGACAGUGAGAAACGUGAGCUGGUCACCAACCUGGAAGGGUUCACCGGCUCAUGUGAGGGGACCGUCAACACACUGGCCCUAGACUCGGGGGUCCUGGUACCACACGUGCCUCUAAUCAAUGUGCCGCGUGUCAAAACAUUCAAGCUGUUGCCCCUGGCAACCCACCUGGAGCCAAGGAACCUUCGAGCCCCCGAGGCCUCAGCGUCUGACAGCGUGUUCAUAUUCACCCCGCUAAACAUAGGGGCUGUGGAGCACAUGGCUGACAGGCCAGAAGUCGAUUUCAAAUGGGUGGAGGGUGACCUGUGUGAGGUGGAGUUAGUGAUGUGUAACCCCAUGCCAGAUGCCUUGUCCCUGUCUCAACUCAGUCUGCUGACGGAAGGGGUUGCCGUGGAAACGUUCCCGUCCAGUGUGGUACUUCCUGUUGCGCCCAGCCUGUACCGGGCCAAGAUAACAAUGAGACCGACCGCUGCAGGUGAACUCAGUAUUGUUGGCUAUCACACAAAACUGUACGGAGUUCGGAGCAACUGCAAGUUACGUGACUGUCCCAGCAUUCCUCAGUCACUCUUCAAGAUUGUUGUUACCUCGGCUCUACCCCAGGCACACCUGUCCACCUCAUUGCCGUGCUCGGCUGACUUUCUGUCGUUCGGCGAGGGUCUCAAUGUGGUCACCAGCGCAACUGCCGUGUUGUAUUGUGGACAGAGUAAAGAGUGCACAGUGACUAUUCAGAACAAAAGCAGAUUGCCAAUAGACUGGGUGAAGGUUUCUCUGGAGGCCACAAGAGAUUCAAAAGACUAUGUGAAUGAGGUAUACAUGUGGAACUCCGAGAACGUGCAGUCCCAGCUUCCGAUCCCUCCCUCCGGAGUGCUGUGUUUUACCAUGGUACUCCAGGGAAUAGGAGACUUCCUGAUCCCUGGGGUGGGGAAGGGCGGGCGAGACUCCCUGCGCAGGCUGGGAGAGCCAGUGAAUCAGCUUGUCAGCCUAGGACGGGUUGUGGAGGGGGUACUAAGGGUGGACUACUCUGGAGGACCUGGUUACCAUGACAACCUAUGUCGCUGCUCAUCGGUCGCAUUCUCAGUGGACAUUCUGCCAUCAGUUGUUUUCACAAAGUGGAAUGUAAUGUUGUCAGAAAGUUCUGACCACUGCUAUGUGAUACUGGACUUGAAGAACGUGUGUGACCACGAUACAGAGGUGCGAUACAGCGGCCAGUCUGCCUACUUGAAGCACCAACACAUACGAAGCAUAUGUAUCGAGGUGGAGAGACUAGAGCCAGGACUAGUGGACUCUCACACAGACGCUCAGUUCAGCUCACUUCUGGCUUCAUUCCUCGAUAUCACCUACACCAUUCCAUCUCAGAAAGUCUCCGGUAAAGUGGACGCCUCUAGGCUGACAUGGACCAAGGAACAACAACAACUUCUUUGUCUGUCUCCAGUUUCAUGGGAUAUCCACUUGAAUGGUCAGGUGAUCUCUCCUCUGCAUAUCGGUUCCCUGGAGUACAGGACUGGACAACUUAUCCGGCUUGAUGUGGAGGCAACCAUCCAAUCAGAGACCAGUGAGCUGUUUGGGAGGGGGGCAGUGCUGACCGUGUGUUGUUGCCAGCACCAUGACAACGGGGUGGUCAGCUACAACACUGACCAGUAUGUGAUUGCCAUGGGGAACCAGGACCUGCAUGUAGAACAGAUCUCUUCUGAUACGCCUGUGCACCACUCCUGCACGUACAUGUUCACGUGCGCAGGCUUCUAUAAGUUUGACAUACAACUCAGAGUGGGCAGUGGUGAGACGCAAAGUGACAUUAACUACGGCAAUGGUGGUCAAGGAAACCCUAUGGUUAAUAUUGUUCAAGGUCAUGGACAUUCCUACACGGUCAAAGAUGAAGGUCAAGACUCAAAACCUUUGCUGUUAAAAUGUUUAUCUGUGAUAGAAGUGAACAUAGUUGAAUAGUGUAUUUACAAUUUUAGCUGCAAAGCAAUAAUGACACUUUUAAGUGUUGAUGGUUUUUACAAAUUUGAUAAGUGAGCUGUAACAUAUCAAUAGCGCGAGUGUUUUCUAUGUGUUGAUAUGUAGAUAAGACUUGAGUGUUUCACAAGAUGCAUGCAGCUUCUGUGAAAUUUGAACUAGUCUUUAGUGCAAAUAUACUUGCCUUAAAAAGUCUAUGUUUAAUGCCGUGAUACCUACUUUAAAUACUAGGAUUAUUGACAUUUAUAUUAUUGUUUAUAACUACAAGUUAUGUUAAAGGUGCAAUAUUAUUAAUCAUGGAUAUAGUUGAUUAUGAAAAAAAUUGUAUAUGGACCUUGCUCUGUGUAAAAGGGGUUUAAUGCAUGU